GUCAAAUUUUGUUCCAAGGUUUUGGCUGAUUAGGGCUCGUUUCUCCUUUGUAAACGGACAUAGGCCGUGAUCUUUUGUUUUUUUUGGUAAGAUAUAGGCCGUGUUCGCUUAGCUGCAAACGAUGGAGGAGCCGAGUAGACAGAGCAUAGCACCUGGUGCUGAUGUAGGAGAAAAAGAUGAGCUUUUGGUUGCAUCUGUCCAAGAAGUUGUAGAAGUUGAUCCCGUUCCCAAUCCACAGGCUCAACGUGAAGAAAAUGAAAGGAAAGCCCGGGUUAAUGCUGUAUGGGAACAACUAAACAAGGGCGUAUCAAUUAAGAUUCCUCAGUCAUUUGCAAAGCAGCCUGCUUCAGCUAGUAAAAAGAUGGAGCGGAAGACUUCCCAAAGUUGGAUGACUGCUCUUGGACUGGUGCCCAACAAGUCAGGAUCAUCUGGGCAAGAAUUGCCACAAAAGAGACCUAGUGUUUCACAAAAUGGUACCAGCGAGGAGGCCAAGAAAAUUGCUGCUGCUGCCAUAUUGGCUGUCAAGGAUGCUACUGCAGCAGCUGCCAAUGCUGCCAUGAACAGGGGAAAAAUAGAGAUCAAGGAGGUUCGAGACUUUGCUGGUCAGGAGAUUGAAGUGAAGAAGCUUGUUGAUGCUGACUCGGAGGAGGCAACUGAAAAAGCCAAAGCUUCUGCUGGACCAGUCUCUGCUGUUGAUGCCGUUCUUGAACAGAUUAAGAAGAAACCAAAACUCAGCGUGCUUGACAAGACAAAGAAGGACUGGGGAGAAUUCAAGGACGAAAACAAGGGGCUGGAAGACGAGUUGGAUGCCUACAAGAAGAGCUCAAACCAAUAUCUAGACAGGGUUUCCUUUUUGCAAAGAGCUGACUACCGGGAAUUUGAGCGGGAGCGGGAUUCCCGUCUGGCUUUGCAGGCCAAGAGGAGGCCGGACAUGCGAGAGGAGCAAUAGCCAUCUUAUCAAUCUAGAAUGCCAGAUUCUCUGGUUGCUCUUUGAUGAAGGGGACUACUAGUUUUGCCUAAAGGGAAUGAGAGAGGUUGCAGGUUAUUUAUAUGGAGGUCCAUGUUUUUGAGGAAGAAGGCACUCAUAUGUUUUUAGGGGGACACUGACAUGGAGUGCAUGUGCAUUUAGAGAUCCCUUCAACAUUGUUUGUUCUCCUGAGGUCUGUUCAGGAGUACAGUAACGAGCAAAAUUUCACCGGAAAGAAAUGAGAGAAGGCCAUUGUCCAUUAGGCCUUAAGUUGUACAUUUUUGUAGCUUCAGUUUCAGGACAAAUGGAAUAAAAUGCUCUGGUUAAAUGGUAAGAGUGACGGUGAGAAACAGAACAGUCCUUGAAAUGGCAUGGGCAACCCUUUGAUGGCCCAAUUUCCUGACCGGCAUCCUUGCCAUUUAACAGAUGCUAAUGUGUAGAAACUAACUCUAAAACACCUGAUUCUCUUGAUGUAAAAAAGUGUUCCUCCAAUGAAAAUUCUUGUUUCUGAAUGUCA